GUCACUAUACCCAGCUCAGCUCAUGUAGCUUUUAGUCUGUUAAAUUCUUUCGUCUGUAUCCUGGGACCAAAGUGCAACUAAUAAGCGCAUAGCUUCAGGCACAACCCGAUUGUGUAAACUGAGAAUGAGUCAGGCCCAUACUGUAACAGCCACACUCCCUCCCCAUCCAGCACAUAGGAGGAGUCAGUGCUGCACAACCACAUGACUUUGCUCACUGCACUUAGCACAGCUCAUACUCAGUGUAGGAUCAGCAACAGAUUUUCCCAGCAUUGCUGGGAUCUCUAACAUGGCGCCAGUGAGUACAGUUAUAGGAGUCUUCCUGAUUACCUGUGUGAUUACCUGUGGGGUGCUCCUGCCCAGUGCACAUGCUGGGAAGGUCCUUGUGGUUCCAGUAGAGGGAAGUCACUGGAUUAAUAUCAAGAUCCUGAUGAUGGAACUUAUUCAGAAAGGCCAUGAGCUCACAGUCACCAGACCCUCCAACAGCAUUUAUAUUGAUGAGUCCUCAGAACAUUUCCAUAUAGAAAACAUACAAAUACCUGGGGAUCAUACAGUAAACAAGGCUUUGUAUGAAGAAUUUAUUCAAAACUUUGUUUUUAACACUAUUGCUGCCAAACAUUCCUCCUCCCUUAAUGUAGCACUGCAUUUCAUUGAAGGCAUUAAACAGAUGACUCAGAUGAUCUCCAUCCAAAUUACAGCAUUAUUUGAGGACAAGGAUUUGAUGGAACGCCUGAGGAACGCUGACUUUGACAUGGUCCUGGCUGACCCCUAUAAUGUAGGAGGUGUAAUGUUGGCUCACUAUCUCAAGCUGCCUCUGGUGUUCUUUGGAAGAUGGAUGCCCACAGAAGAUAUACACUUUGCUCUGGCACCGUCUCCUCUCUCCUAUGUCCCGGUGCUACACUCCAGAGUAACAGACAGAAUGCUCUUCCCAGAAAGAGUUAAGAACGUCCUCCUCUAUUCCCUGUAUUUUGUAGUCAGCCAUUUUAUAGUUUAUCCAGCUUAUGAUCAGAUUGCCCAUCGCUACCUCAACACCAACAUUGGGGUGUUUGAGAUGCACAAAAGAGCUGACAUCUACUUAAUGAAGGUGGACUUUGUCUUUGAGUUUCCUCGGCCAAUGAUGCCCAAUGCUGUGUACAUUGGUGGGUUCCAGUGUCGGCCCCCUAAGCCUCUGCCCCAAGAGAUCCAGGAGUUAAUGGAUGCCUCAGAGGAGGGAGUGGUGGUCUUUUCCUUAGGAGCUAUUGUAAAGACUCUUCCCCCCAGAAUUGCCAGAGAGAUUGCUGCAGGUUUCGCACAACUGCCAGAAAGAGUCAUCUGGCGUUACACAGGAGAAAAACCAGACACUCUGGGGAAUAAUACUAGGAUUAUGAGUUGGCUUCCACAAAAUGAUCUGCUUAGUCAUCCGAACACCAAGGCUUUCAUUGCACAUGGUGGGGAAAAUGGUGUCUAUGAGGCCAUUUACCAUGGUGUCCCUAUAGUUGGGGUUCCCAUCUUUGGUGACCAGUAUGAGAACAUUCUACGUCUGAAGGCCAAGGGAGCUGCUGUCCUAUUGGAGAAUCUAGGGGACCUGACAGCAGAGGACAUUUUCCGUGCAGUGCGUCUGAUCAUAGAUGACCCUUCUUAUGGAAAUGCCAUGAGAAAAUUGUCAAAACUGCACAGAGACAGCCCUAUACCCCCCCUUAAGGCUGCUGUGUUUUGGACAGAGUUUGUUAUGCGCCAUGGGGGAGCAGGGCACCUGAGAGCAGCGGGCACAGAGCUGCCCUGGUACCAGUACUAUUUGAUAGAUGUCAUUACAUCUCUGACCUUUGCCCUCUUUCUUUGUAUAUUCUUGAUCUACAAGUUCCUCCAAGCCAUAGUGAAAAGAUGCUUCCCCAAGAAACAGAAAAACAAGAGAGAGUGAAAGCCCCAGAAUGUCCCAGUGACCACUGACAGCGACAUGUAUACAGACCUUUAUGUGACUAUGCAAAUUCAAGCCCAGCAAUAAGAGGAAUGGCAAUAUUGUGACAGUACUCACCUUUCAAGGAAGUCAGAAAACUCAUUACUACUCUAUAUCAGGGGAAGAGAAAUGUGUGUGUCAUAAAGCUGAGGAGCCAGUCACACUUCAUGUCAAUUAUGUUAUAUUGGGAUAUAUGUAGCUGAAUCCAGAGUUAGGAAGUGCGGCUCCUGUGCUCUCGGAGUUAGUCAAGUUCCAGUCUAAGCUAUCACAUAAGGAUUAAUGAUUAUGUCUGUGGCAUGAACCUGCUGAGGACACAGUGAAUUAGUGACUGGGAGUGUAGACUGAUGGUGAGACCUAUAAACGGGUAAUAUUGUUAGCGGGCACUGACACCAAUGAUACAGCCACUGUACUGCCAGCCCAUUAUUAAAGGGACGUACAAAUCC